CGUGAAUCUUGCCCAAAGCUUUGUUUAUGAUCCCCGCACUGAAUCUGCGAUAUUACAUGUCUGUUCACCAAGUGAACAUUGUUUUGUAGCAACAUUUCCUAAAACCUGUGUUUCCUGUCGAAUAUAAUGAGUCCAGAUGAAACACUUGCCAAAAGUCUGUCGCACUUCCGCGCAAUCCAAUGGUGCGCUGAGCAAUUGGAUGAUCCCAGAAUCGAAAUCAUCCAGCCACCAGGUCGUCCUACAGAUAAGCUAGUGGAAGAGAAAGUCUGGACCAAGACGCUCAAUACACCGGAAACACUGUCUGCAUUUGUUGCAUUUUACCACAAACCCGCCGAGGCAGAUGAACCCGUAGACAAGGUAUCUGCAUUCGUCACUGCGAACCAUGGUAUCGAUGGGUGGCCUGGAAUGAUGCAAGGUGGCAUCAUAGCUACACUUAUGGACGGGAUGGCAGGCUUGAUUCUGGGGGUCAAUCAAGAGCUUGGUCUAUUUCCGCGGAAGCGUUUUGUCACGGCGUUUCUGAACACUACAUAUAUGCAGGCCGUAUCAACACCAAGCACGAUAAUGAUCACGGCUCAUAUGGUGAAGACUGAGGGCCGAAAGGUCCAUGUCGAAGUUAUCAUCCAGAAUCAUCGAGGUUCAGGAUUGGCAAAAGGCGAGGCCCUGUUCAUUGAGACAAAGGCAAACUUGUAAACCCCGACCAACAUGCCUGGAAACUUUGCGCUCUUGGUAUAUGUAAAGCCUGCAAGGAUCAGAUAAUGCAUACCGAGCAGGGAAUGGGCAACGCGUGAAAUCAU